AUGGACAUCAUUACCGGCCAGCCAAAGCCGCCAAGCACGGUACGCGCAAAAUACGGGACGGCGCAGAAGAUGCGCGCGGCGAUUAGCCAUAAGUUUGGGCGUGACUACAGCUUAGGGGCUCAGCCGUGGAUGGAGAACCCCCUCGUCCCAGGGAAAUGGACGGGAAACCCGUCCAUUUCCGUGGUGGUAUCCCAGUAUAUGAUAAGUCUACGCCGGCGAAAGGUACGGUCUGGUGAUGUGGUUACAAGCGCACGAGCCAUGGAUGAAGCCACAAUGAAGAAAUUAUACGAAUAUAAUACAAGCUUUGACUCACAGCCGAUAGGUACCGUUACGAAGAAGCGGAAGGCUGACCACCCGGAGUACUGGGCGGGACACGCGAUCCGGAAUAUGUUGCAACUCUUAUACACACUGGCGAUGUUGUGCCUUCUGCGUUUCGACGAGGCCUUGCGCAUUUGCUGGAUGGAUGUCACAUUCGAGAAGACAUCCAUGGGCAUCUUACGGAUUCGGCUCGACUUACCCUUUCGGAAGACUCACCAGAAUGGAGGAAUUGCACCCUUUUAUCUCUACCCGAACCUAGACAAGCCUUGGCUAUGCCCGGUUCGAGCCUUCUCGGCGUGGUGGAUUAUAUGUCGGAAUGCCGGUAUCGACAUGAACGGCUUUGUCUUUCGAAAAAAGAUCGGGCACGAUAGAUUUAGUGACAAUGGCACGGACGGAAUGUCGCCCGACUCCUUCAUGGAGUGCUUUCGCAAGAAUAUGUGCGACAUCAAGGUUGACCCGCGCCCCUACGGAACACACUCGUUCCGUCGUGGGGGAUGCCAAUACCUUGCGAUAGAGCUCCGGUGGCCUUUCCGCAACAUCUGUUCAUGGGCGGGUUGGGCCGAAGACUUCGACAACCCCGGUACCUUGUUCAAGUACUUGCUGUCCUGGAAUGAUAAUCCAAGCCCAGAGCGGGAGGAUUACUUCAACCCCGGUCGCUUAGCUGCUUAUCCAUGCAUGGCUUGUGGUAGAACCUGUCACUGUGCUUAG